AUGCUUACCUACAUCAAAGAUUACGUAAAAAGACAUCGUAAAGGGAUUUUGGUGACAACAGCUAUUGCUAGUGGUAGCUAUUUUGCUGGUAAAUAUGCUACUCGUAAAAUAAGAGAUCUUCAAGACAAAGCUGCUGCUGAUAGACUUGCUAAAGAAAAUCUCAAACGCCGUUUUCAACAAAACCAAAAUGACUGUGUGUUUACUGUCUUGUCUCUGUUGCCUACAUUGGGUGACCAGUUAUUGGAUGCAAUGAAUAUUGAGAAGGAUUGGGCUAAACUUCAAGAGUCGCGCAAGUUGGAAAAGAUUGAAGCUAGAUUAAGAAAGGAAAGAGAAAUAGCUGAAUCAUCAAAAGAAUCCAUAGAGGAGACAGCCCCACUUGACUCCAGUCUUGGUAGUCUAUCUACGUCUGUUCAGUUAGAAGAAGCAGAUCAUCCUCUUCCUGCUGGUAUUCUAGAUAAAAAAGAAAAGCAUUUACUUUGGGAAGAGAUCAAGAUAAAGAGUUUUACACGUAGUCUGACAAGUAUCUAUACUGUCACUUUAUUGACUUUAUUGACACAUAUCCAAUUGAACUUGUUGGGUCGAUUAACUUAUAUUUGGUCUGUGUCUGUUCUGAAUAAAAAUGAACCCACCAUUCGAUUACAACAAGAAGGACAAGAGGAUGUUGGUUUUAUACAUCCUCAAGUGGAGCGUAUGUUUCUGAGUGCAACUUGGUGGCUACUUCAUGCUGGAUGGAAAGGAUUAGCAGCUCAUGUACAAGAAGCAGUAGAAGAACAUGUCUCAAGUAUUCCUUUAAAGAGUACACUCAACUAUCAAGAAGCCAUUGCCCUUUUAGACAAAAUACGUCAUCGCAUUGAAUAUGGAGAAGAUGGUCAACCCAUCAGUUAUCGUGCUUGGAUGUUACCCGAGACAAAAGAACAAGAAGCUGAAUUGAUGACAGGUGCUGGGUUUGAAAAAGAAGAAAUCAUGCAAGAUGGGUCUCUUGAUAGACUGCUUGAUGAAACCAAGGAUUUUAUCGAUAGUCCUGAUUUUAAUCAAGUGCUUAAAAGCUGUUUAGAUGAAGUGUUUCAAGUGUUCGAUCAACAUGCUUUUGUGUCUGCUUUAUUACCACAACAGGAUGAGAUGCCUCAUAUGGAUAAUGAUGAGAAGCGUGUCUCAUUGGCUAAUCUAUUGCCUACCAUUGGCAGACAAGCGCAUUUAGUGAUUGCAGGCAAUGAAUACUUGAAUGCAUUUGCAUAUAUCAAAGAAUUACAAGCUUUUUCUGCUCUUAUUUAUACACAUUAUGAUGACCAAGACGCAUAA